AAGAAAUAAUAUUUACGGAGAGUCAUAAAAUAAAAUAUAAUAUGUAGUUUAAAAUGAGUCGGUUUAUCAGUUGUUAUAAUUAUAGUCUAUUAAGUGUAAAAAUGUUAGAUAAAGCCUAUUUUUAAGUACGGUACAUUUAUGCAUAUUUAAAGUAAUGUUUUAUCUUUUUCAAUGUCACCUGCAAGAAUUGUAGUGCUGGAACUAUUCAUCUGUUCUUAAAUAUUGUUAAUAGUGUUAUGACGGGAAAGAAAAGUAUUUAUUUUGCAUAUGGAAGCAAUUUGCUGGAAAGACGAAUGCACCGAUCCAAUCCGAAUGCAGUUCGAUGUGGCAAAGGCGUAUUGAAGGACUAUCGAUUCGACAUGGGAACUUAUUGCAAAUUUUGGAGAGGCUGUGGUGCAAAUAUAACUGAAGCAUCUGGAGAAAAGGUCUUUGGAGCUCUGUGGGAAUUAAAAGAUGAAGAUUUUAUUAAUUUAGACAGGCAGGAAUACGUCCAUUUAAAUGUUUACAAACGAAUAUUAGUUGAAAUUGAAACUCCAGAGGGCCAAAAACUUAACUGUAUAGCAUACCAGAUGGUGAAUAAUUUUGAAAAAGUGGAUUUGGCCAAUUUACCAUUUGAUCGACGACCCAGUCCAGCUUACAUGGAUGUCAUAAUUAAAGGAUCUCAAGAGACAGGUCUGCCGAUAGAUUAUACGAAGUUUUUGGGAACUGUUUCUACGAAUGGAAUCGAUUAUUAUCCAAAUUUGGAUCCGGAAUAAUAUACAUGUUUAUUAUUCUCGAUUUUAAAGUUAUUGUAUAAAAUAUAAAUAUAUUUUUGUUAACAUA